AUGAGCGUGCUCCACCGGAGUCAAGACCUGUCACAGCUGCUUCAGCCUGAGCUCAAGAAGAUUUGGGCACUUCAGCUGGCUCCUGAAGCCUGGGGCCUGACUGGGCGCGAGGUUCUGACGCCCUUCCCAGGGUUGGGCACUGCGGCGGCGCCUGCACAGGGUGGAGCCCACCUGAAACAGUGUGACCUACUGAAGCUUUCCCGGCGACAGAAGCAGAUGUGCCGGCGAGAGCCAGGCCUGGCUGAGACCCUGCGGGAUGCCGCGCACCUGGGCCUGCUCGAGUGCCAAUUCCAGUUCCGGCAUGAGCGCUGGAAUUGCAGCCUGGAGGGGAGGAGCGGCCUGCUCAAGAGAGGUUUCAAGGAGACGGCCUUCCUGUACGCGGUGUCCUCAGCCGCCCUCACCCAUGCUCUAGCCCGGGCCUGCAGUGCCGGGCGUAUGGAGCGUUGCACCUGUGAUGACUCCCCGGGCCUGGAGAGCCGGCAGGCCUGGCAGUGGGGCGUGUGUGGUGACAACCUCAAGUACAGCACCAAGUUCCUGAGCAACUUCCUGGGGCCCAAGCGAGGAAGCAAGGACCUGCGGGCACGGGCAGAUGCCCACAACACCCAUGUGGGCAUCAAGGCUGUGAAGAGUGGCCUCAGGACCACGUGUAAGUGCCAUGGCGUGUCAGGCUCCUGUGCUGUGCGCACCUGCUGGAAGCAGCUCUCCCCAUUCCGUGAGACGGGCCAGGUGCUGAAGCUGCGCUACGACUCUGCAGUCAAGGUGGCCAGUGCCACCAAUGAGGCCCUGGGCCGCCUGGAGCUUUGGGCACCCACCCGGCCGGGCAGCCCCACCAAGGGCCUGGUGCCUCGGUCUGGGGACCUGGUCUACAUGGAGGACUCACCCAGCUUCUGCCGGCCCAGCAAGUACUCGCCAGGCACAGCAGGCAGAGUGUGCUCUCGGGAGGCCAGCUGCAGCAGUCUGUGCUGUGGGCGUGGCUAUGACACCCAGAGCCGCCUGGUUGCCUUCUCCUGCCAUUGCCAGGUGCAGUGGUGCUGCUACGUGGAAUGCCAACAGUGCGUGCAGGAGGAGCUCGUAUAUACCUGCAAGCACUAG